GAGAGGUGACGUCACGAGAGCUCGCCCGUGUUCGUUCCAGCUGACCGUAGCCGCGAUUCCGAGCGCUCGUUUCACUGACUCGGAGCAGGCGGUGGUUGACAACACCAAAUAAAUAACGACAGCGUGACAAGGGAGGGGGGAAAAAAAGAGAAAAGAAACGAAAAACAGGAAAACGGUGCAGCAGAUCGUCCCUGUACUGAGCCUUGUUAUUAAAUGACAGCUGGAGUAGUGGGGCGAUAUAACGGUUGAGGCUUUCUGUCGGUUGCGCGUCUAAAACCCCGACGCACCGCUGGCUCUAAUGGACGCCUGUCGUUUCCAGCUAAUUCGCUGCUUUUUCGGGGAAUAUUUUCGUCCGGGCCCGAAGGAGCCCCAGCUCAAAUUGGUGCCAAAUGUCAGCAAAUAAGCGGACUAAGCUACGGCGAACACGUCAAGAGCUUCAAUUCGUUGCCUGCAACUUUUGUUGAUAGCAGAGACCGGAGAAGCGUCCUGGGCGCCAGGUUCAAAACGGUUAAAGGCUGUGAUCCUUAACAAGGAGAUGGAGCUCAGUGCUGCUGAAUAGAGACAUCCUUUCCGUCUGCAAAAUUUCGGGAACAUGGAUUGAGUGGAAAGCACUUUGGGAAAAGCAUUCUUGGAUGCGGUUUGAGGUGUAAACCCUCUCCUAUCAUCUUAUCAUCAAUGGUCAGCUGAGAGGGUUUAUCUGGACGCAGUUCCUAUCUAUCACUUACUGUUUUUUUUUUUUGGUUUAAUUUGGUAGAUUGUGAUAUAAAAGCCAAGUACAGUCAGGCUAUGUCCAGGCCUCUCUCUCAGCUUUUACCUCCUCCAGAUAUUCCCUCUGGAGGUAGUGCACAGUUUGGCCCUACUACUACAGCACCCAAUGGCCACUUGGGUUCAGUGGCCAGUCUAAAGUCUCUCCUCCAGCUUCCCAUUAAAGGAGACAGCAGAGGGAAAGACUGCUGUGAGAUGAUCGAUCAAGACAAACCGUUGGACUCUGAUGAGGAUUCAUUGGGUGGAAUUGGCAAUGGGGCCAGUGGCUCUAUGCGCAGUUCUUCCCAGACCACUUUCCUGGGGCCGUUGCUGUGGGAACGCUCUCUACCGUGUGAUGGUGGCUUAUUCCAGAGGCAGUUCAUGGACUUGGAGGAGUUCCUCACCGAAAAUGGCAUGGGGUGCAUGCCUCUGGGUAACACCUCUGGAGCUCAGGCCCUCAUCCCGUCACAGAGCAUGCAAUCAGCCAUUCCAAGCCAGAGCUCCUCGCCGUCUCCCGGCUCUUCCUCAGCAUCCUCCAUUUCUUCCCUGUCAUCUUCGUCCUCCUCGUCCUCGCUUCUGGGACUAGACGUGCCACAAGUCCCGACCCCAGGAAUGAUGGGGAGUCCUGAGUGUCUGCACGGUGGACAGGCCAUGCAGCAGGACCCAUCUCCCAGCUCCUCCUGCCCUCCUCCUCCAGUACCCAGCACCGGUGCCCCUGCGGCUGAUGUCAUGGUGAACUUCGACCCCGAUCCUGCUGACCUGGCCCUCUCCAGCGUCCCGGGCCAGGAAGCGUUCGAUCCGCGGCGGCAUCGCUUCUCUGAGGAGGAACUCAAACCUCAGCCUAUGAUCAAGAAGGCUCGCAAAAUGUUGGUGCCCGAUGAGCAGAAGGACGAAAAGUACUGGAGUCGACGUGUGAAGAACAACGAGGCGGCGAAGCGCUCACGUGACGCACGGCGCCUCAAGGAGAACCAGAUCUCCGUCCGCGCCGCUUUCCUGGAGAGGGAGAACGCGGCGCUCCGACAGGAAGUGGCCGACAUGCGCAAAGAGCUGGGGCGCUGUCGCAACAUCAUCAACAAAUAUGAGAAUCGUCACGGAGACUUAUGAAGGGGAGAAUUAAAGAAAGAAAGAAAAAUUCAAGAAGGAGAAGUAUGGUCUCUUAAAAAAAAAGGCAGUUUAAAGGCAGGGCUGUGAAAAACCAACACUCAGAAAUUUUAGCCCAGGUUUUUUUUCUAAACCUGCACUACUACACUUGCAAAUCAUGUUUCUUUAAACGUGUGGCAUCGUGCAUGGCUGCAACACACCGUUGCUAACAGAUCAGUGAUCCCAGUGAAAGGGAAUGCUCACAAAGUCUAGAAGAAACACUGUUCACUUGCUUUUUUGUUUUUUGUUUUUUGGACUGUAAUAAUGACGCGAAAUCCUAACUUGUGUAGAUUUUUACGGACUCGGUCUUCAGUGUUGCUCAGACUUUAGGAGCAUUUCUUAGUAUUCUCAGUAUUUUUCUUCUGCAGAUGAUGCUGGUAAUAUUUUCUAUGAUUAAUAAAAAACAAAAGACCUUGUAUAUUUUUGACACGGCUUUGGACAGUUACAAUAACGCAGAAGAGGAGAAUAAGAUGGACAAGGAGGAAGAGGAGGAGAAGACAGCACAAAGAUUUAGGCAGGAAAUUUGUAUAUUUUUAUACUUAAAGGUGCAGACAGGGAAAGAGAUUUUGGAAAUAAUUUUUUCCUCUAUAUUUUAUAUAUAUAUAUAUAUAUAUGGGUGGGUACGGGGCAUUUGUGAAGAAAGAGGGCUAUAUGAAGAUGUUUUUGAAAUCAGGUUGUUUAGUGUGGCUGAACGAGAACGUGUGAUGCUGAAAUGAGAUGAAUCACGCCAGGCUCUCACCACGGACAGAGACGUGUCAGAGCCACGCCGGCCGGCCGUAUCCAAACCGACCGCUGAAAUCCAAGCAAACAGCAAAAUAAGUGUUUUGAAAUCACAUGUACCUAAUUUUAUAUGUUGGAUUCCUUUUUUUUUUCCGGGUGUUUUGAUCCAGAUUGGAAAGUAAACAGGAAAAGGAGAAAGUCUGGACAUUACACCUCAUCACUACAUCACGGAUGAGGAACGGAUGUACAAACGAUUUUUCCAUGUAUAUAUUUAAUCGUUUCUAUUCCACAUAAACACACAAACCUGGAUUGCAUGCGCACAAAAACCAGACGUCGCAUAAUAACACCAAGUUAUUUCAGCACAGCGCUCCCUGAUCCUUCACGCUUCUCGUUUCUCUUCUUGAUUUUCUGAUUUUUUUUUUCCCGAAACAGUGGUUUGUUUCUUUUAGUCCGAGUUUAGUUGCCAGUGAGUGCGUUGCAUGGUAGCUCUUUUAUUUUGUAUACUGUAUGAUCAGCACGGAAAACUAUAUAAGAAAUACCCACAUGUUGUCCUACUUUUGGUACAGAUUCCUUGCACUAACCGUGUCUCUGUUUAAAUUGUACGAGAAAAUCUUAAUCUAUUAGAAGUGUUGGAUGUAAAAUUCCCAAGCUAUAUUCUAACAAAAUGAAUGCACCCUGAUACUACUGUAAAAAAAAAAAUAAUAUUAUACUAUUCUAUCAAAGUUAUAAUGAGCUGUAUGAGAGGAAACUAUUCUAUCACUAGAUAUGUCUGUAAAUAUCAAUAUAUGUGAAUAUGUGAUUGUAGAGGUAAUUUGCAUAAAUGUAGUAUAUACAGAAACCUAUUACUUCACACCAAGAAAAAAGAAAAAGGACCUGAACCCUGGAAAAAAAUACAACUUUUGAAUCUGUCCUGGUGCAAAUUAAUAUUAUAAAAUAAUUCAGUAAUAAUAAUCAAAAUAUCCAGGAUUACGUACAAAGCUACAGUUCCCUCAAGAACUAUUGGCACCCUUUAAGAAAAUUAGCAGAAGUGUAAACAAGCUAAAAAGCGUAACAUGUGCAAUAUGUGACAUUUUCAGAUUGUAAAGUUCAUUUUUAUUUUAUUUUUUUCUUCAAAAUGAUCUGUACCGUUUCAGUUGCGAUGUCUGACGGGACAAUGACAACGCCGAGUCUCUUCUUGUAACAUCUCUUAAGCUUGGAGACACGACCUAGACGAUCCUUUUGUCCCCAAAUUCAUUAAGUUUGUACAUGUGGACUUAACUUUCCGCUUCAGUUUCCAUAGGAUCCGAAUCCUGAGACUGAGAGGAUCAUUGCAACACAAAUUGCUUUCUUUAAGCAUUUCUGCAAUCUUUUUUUCUUUCUUCCCCAAAACCUUCUCCAUCUUCCUCACUGUGUGGGGUUGACAAUGUGCUCAAUAUUUCCUAGCAAAUAUUCAACUUUUUUUUUUUUUUCCAGACAUGUGAAACAGUUUGUCAUGACCCCGUGUUUAAUGAUAUUUCAACUGUUUUGUUCCUUUUUUCCGCCAUGGUAAUGGACGAAAAAGGGAUUUUUACAUGUGUGCAGCCUCAUAUUUAUAUCCCAGGGAAACAGGAAACGGUUCCAGGCAACAAGAGAUUUCCUGUGCCAAGGCGAAAUAUAACAUGAUAAUAUAAAUUGCCAUGUUGUAAUAUCAAAUAAUAUAAAGAAUGUCAAAUUGUUUGCAUUUAUAUAAAAUAUUCCUUUAUCAUUUUUUUGGCACAUGUAUCUCUGAGAGAAAAUAUUAUUCUUUGAGAAGAAGAAGAAAAAAAAAGUAUGUCUAAUGAGAAUUUUUUUUUUCUUUGAACAAA